ACGUGAUGUAACUUGACACCAUUUAUUUCCACAGUUGUCUUAAAAAAUGAAAGGUUUGAACAAUCAACCGUUUGGUCUGCUCGUCAUAUUUGUAAUUUUAAACGGCACAGUGGCACGACAGGUACAAAUCAAUGGAAAUAUCACAGAGAAAAUUGGAACAAACGGCACGAUGUUAACUUGUAAUUUGACGCUUGAUCAUGGAGAUCAUCUUAUUUCAGUGUGGAUGUUGGCAACUAAUAUGACGUUACGUGAUUUUGAGAAUGUAGCAUAUUUUGACCCUGAUUUUGGUUCCAAAUUAAAACCAUAUGGAACAGUUCUUUUUGGGAAUGCAUCAUUGUCGUCAGUUAAUAAAUCAUCAAAAAGCGUUUCAUUGAGCUUUGACGACCUAAAUUGUAAACAUUCAAGACUGUAUAAAUAUAAAUUAUUAGUUAAAACAGUAGACUAUCCAAAUAUAAUAACAGAGUCAGAAGCAAUUGGAAUAUCAAUACAAGUACCACCUUCAAAACCCGAUAGCGUUUCAUUAUUUCACACACCAGCAGAUGUAUCCGUGUCCUCAACUUCAAAUAUAGAUUAUAGCUCUGCGUCACCUUCUACUGUAGUAACAUCAACUGAAAAUGAGACUGUAUCUGCCUCAGAGACGGGAAAACAGAACACUGCAUCUGUAUCUAACAAUUUUAAGAUACCAACUCCUGGUCCUAAUACAACAUCUUCCCUUUUGCAAGAGGAUAUUUCAACCAGCUUUAGAACAACGACAUAUUAUAUUCCAAAAUCGACAACAGCACAAGGAAUAGUUGAAGGUGAUAACAUAACAGUUGUCUGUACAGGAGACGUUGGGAAUCCGAAAGGGAUACAUUUCUUUCAAAAGUAUCGUAAUGGAAAGAUAGUUCAUAUGCAUGAAAAAGUCUAUGCAACAUUAAAAUCGGAGGUGUAUAAAAAUUGCUCCUUCUAUCAAACAAGUAUCCUAACGUUCAAAAUAACAGCUGCUGACAACAAUGUAGUGAUACGCUGUGCUGUUAAUUCGUCAAUGGCAGAGCCAGAUAUGUAUGUAGAAACAGAACCAAUAGAGGUCUUCUAUCCAGUUAGAAUGCCAACUAUUAUUAGCUAUCAGAAUAAAACGGACUAUGUAUUGGGCGAAGAUACAAGUAUACAUUUAGCUUGUAAAAGCGAUGGUAAUCCUAAACCUUCUUACUUUUGGUAUACAGAAAACCCCAAGCAACAAGUCAGUUCAUUUGAAAACUUUACUCUAACGAAUUUGAAUGUAACAAACAGUGGAACAUAUACCUGUAAGGUAAACAACACUUUCCACGGCGAUACAUACCAAAAGGCUACUUUUGUCAAUAUCAAGAUUAUAAAUACAGAAGAAAAACUGAGUAUUGGGAUGAUGGACGCCAAAAAUACAUUGCAUGUGCAUGGUGUAUGUAUCUUAUAA